AUCGCACCGUCGCUAUCCCUUUACGGCUUUACCUCCAACACGGUUCCAAGUGUUGGAACGUCUCUGCCAAUAAGGGGAGACAGAGGGGGAGAGAGAGAAGAGAGAGAGAGACCGGAAACGGCUACCGGAGGGGCGUUAUCUGCACCUCCACCGCCGAAUUUCUAUCCUUCUAUCCGCCUCUUCUUCUUCUUAUUCUUCUUCUUCUUCCAAUCGACUCUCGCUCUAUAUAUGUACAAACGUAUGCAUCUGUAAAGGUAAGGCUUGAGAGAUCGACCUCAGUCGCUCGGUGCAGAGAAAGAGGGUUAGCGCAAUGGAUCACGAGGCGGAUGCGCACCGGACCGACCUUAUGACCAUCACCAGGUACGUUCUCAACGAGCAGUCGCGGUACCCGGAAUCGCGUGGCGACUUCAGCAUCCUCCUUUCGCACAUCGUCCUCGGCUGCAAGUUCGUCUGCACCACCGUCAACAAGGCCGGGCUUGCUAAGCUCUUAGGACUUGCUGGGGAGACGAAUGUACAGGGCGAAGAGCAAAAGAAGCUUGAUGUGCUUUCCAACGAAGUCUUUGUCAAAGCUUUGAUAAGCAGUGGGAGAACUUGCAUUCUAGUCUCGGAAGAGGAUGAAGAGGCUACUUUUGUAGAUCCAUCUCUGCGCGGAAAAUAUUGUGUGGUCUUUGAUCCACUGGAUGGCUCCUCAAACAUCGACUGUGGUGUCUCUAUUGGAACAAUUUUUGGCAUUUACAUGGUUAAAGACAAGGAGAAUGUGACUAUAGAUGAUGUAUUACAACCUGGGAAGAAUAUGCUAGCAGCUGGGUAUUGCAUGUACGGCAGUUCUUGCAUGCUUGUAUUGAGCACUGGAAGUGGCGUGAAUGGUUUCACGCUUGAUCCUUCUCUUGGGGAGUUCAUACUUACACAUCCAUAUAUUAAGAUACCAAAGAAAGGCAAAAUAUAUUCAGUGAAUGAAGGCAAUGCCAAGAAUUGGGAUCGACCUACAACAAAGUAUGUGGAAAAAUGCAAAUUCCCCGAUGAUGGUUCCUCACCAAAAUCUCUGAGAUACGUUGGAAGCAUGGUGGCUGAUGUACAUCGAACCCUGCUUUAUGGAGGCAUCUUUUUAUACCCUUCUGACAAGAAGAGUCCUGAUGGGAAAUUACGUGUUUUAUAUGAAGUCUUCCCCAUGUCAUUCUUGAUGGAACAAGCAGGUGGUCAAUCUUUCACUGGAAAGCAACGGGCUCUUGACUUAGUUCCUACAAAAAUUCACGAGAGGUCACCCAUAUUUCUAGGCAGCUACGAUGAUGUUGAGGAGAUUAAAGCGCUGUAUGCUGCUGAAGAAAACAACGAUUGAUGCUUCUGUUAGUCUUGUAAAGUUGUAAUUUACUAUCCUAAUAAAUACUGUCAUCAUCAAGCAUGAAUCAAUCUCAGGCCUAUAUUCUCACUUCA